CUCCCUGGCUCACAAGUGCAGGAAGACGGGGAAAGCAGCUCGGCAAAUGGGAUCGAGAUCUGCCCAAUCAGAUCCAAGCCCUGGAACUCUUGUUUUCUGGCCCAAUCAAGACGAAGAUAAGUCUAUAAGUUUGGCCACUAGGCGCCCGCGGGCCGGAGUGGCGGAGACAUGGCUCGCACGAAGCAGACGGCCCGCAAGUCCACCGGCGGCAAGGCCCCGCGCAAGCAGCUGGCCACCAAGGCGGCCCGCAAGAGCGCGCCCGCCACGGGCGGCGUCAAGAAGCCGCACCGCUACCGGCCCGGCACCGUGGCGCUGCGCGAGAUCCGGCGCUACCAGAAGUCCACCGAGCUGCUGAUCCGCAAGCUGCCGUUCCAGCGCCUGGUGCGCGAGAUCGCGCAGGACUUCAAGACCGACCUGCGCUUCCAGAGCUCGGCCGUCAUGGCGCUGCAGGAGGCGAGCGAGGCCUACCUGGUGGGCCUCUUCGAGGACACCAACCUGUGCGCCAUCCACGCCAAGCGCGUCACCAUCAUGCCCAAGGACAUCCAGCUGGCGCGCCGCAUCCGCGGGGAGCGGGCUUAAAGUUGGGCUUCUAGACGGUCGACCCCAAAAGGCUCUUUUCAGAGCCACCUACGUUGUCAUUAAGAGUAGCUGUGUUACUUUGCACGUUUCCAGUGUUCUGAGCACAGAAAGUUACAAGGAAAUGACCCCUGGAGGCCGUGGACAGCAUGUCCCCAGCUGUCACAACUUGCUAGUAGCCACAAUCACUGCUCCCUGGUUCCAACUUAGGGCUGUUUUUUUGUUAACAAUAGUGGGUCAGUUCGUGAAAGGAACUACAAGAAAAUCCUCUAGCAGAGAAACACGAGCCUAGGGGGCCAGGUCAA